CCAUUACCCACCAUGAGGGUAAUGGUCGACGUUGAGCAAGAAGUAUUUCAUACCGCCGACGCCUUUUAAGGUGUGUGAAAAAUGAUAUAGUGAAAAAUGUGCAUUCAGCAACCUUGUACGUUAUGGGCUGAUGAUCUGGAUUACGGGCAGAUUCUUUCAUCUCAAAUGCCGAGGCUCAUCUUCGGCUGGAGGGGCACUAAAUGCAGGUGGAUGGACUCUUCGCGCUCCUCUAUAAAUAAUUGUAACACAAUUGCUUUUGCAUUAGAACACAGCACGACAUGAAAUUAGUAAUUUUAACUUCCGUCAUCGGAAUUGCCCUCAGUGCCCGUUUGGACACGACCUACCUCCCUCCGAGAGGCGGCGGUGGCGGCGGCGGGGGCGGAGCGUUCGGCCGGCCUGGCUUUGGGGGCGGCGGCGGCGGAGCGCCCUUCGGAGGUGGCGGUGGCGGAGCCCCUUUCGGAGGCGGCGGCGGCGGUGGCGGAGGCGGAUUUGGAGGCGGUGGAGGGGCGCAAAUUCCAAUUUUGAAAUAUGUGAACGAUAAUGACGGAAGUGGUAAUUAUUACUACGCUUACGAAACCGGAAAUGGGAUUCAAGCUGAAGAAAGGGGGCAUUUGAAGAAUGCAGGGUCUGCAAAUAAGGCUGAAAGUGCUGAAGGGUCGUUUUCGUACACUGGCCCAGAUGGGCAAAGGUACUCCAUUCAGUACGUGGCCGAUGAAAAUGGGUUCAGGCCCGUGGGGGCCCAUCUGCCGACACCGCCGCCUAUUCCUGAAGCUAUUUUAAGGUCUUUGGAGCAGAACAGGGCCGAGGAGGCCCGUGGUGGAGGAGGAUUUGGUGGAGGUGGAGGUGGCGGUGGAGAUGAUGGCCAGUACCGACCAGGAGCGGGAGGAUUCGGUGGAGGUGGGGGAGGAAGAGGGAUAACGCAACCGUUUAGUCCUCAGACUGGGUACAAUUAUUAAUAACUACCUUUGUCCAAAUGACCGAUCACUGCCUUUGUAACUUAAACAUAUUUUUAUAUGCCUGAUACCUAUACAUAAUAUUUAUUGUAAUUAUCGUACUGCUGUGAAGUUUUAUAAAAUAUAAGAUGAAUGAUUAUGAAA